AGGCGCGGGCCCGCAAGGACACAGUGCGCACGCGCAGGGGGUGGGCCGCCCGGUCAGCCGGAGCGGUGACGAGCCCGGAAGCGCCGGCGCGCGCCCCUCGGCACCAGAACUAGUUUUGUUCGGUGUCCCCGGAACGUGAGCCCUCCGGAGAGACCCUCGCCCGCUCCCGCCGCACCCGCCCGCUGGCCGCCACCGCCGCGAUGUCGAGCAACAGUUUCGCCUACAACGAGCAGUCGGGAGGAGGGGAGGCGGCGGAGCUGGGGCAGGAGGCCACCUCGACCAUCUCUCCCUCGGGCGCCUUCGGCCUCUUCAGCAGCGACUGGAAGAAGAAUGAAGACCUGAAGCAGAUGCUGGAGAGCAACAAAGAUUCUGCCAAACUAGAUGCUAUGAAGCGAAUCGUUGGGAUGAUUGCCAAGGGGAAAAAUGCCUCGGAACUCUUCCCUGCUGUUGUGAAGAAUGUGGCCAGUAAGAAUAUUGAGAUCAAGAAGUUGGUGUAUGUUUACCUCGUCCGAUAUGCUGAAGAACAGCAGGACCUGGCUCUCCUGUCCAUCAGCACUUUCCAGCGAGCUUUGAAGGACCCCAAUCAACUAAUUCGUGCAAGUGCCCUGAGAGUUUUGUCAAGUAUUAGAGUGCCAAUUAUCGUGCCUGUCAUGAUGCUGGCUAUUAAGGAGGCUUCGGCUGACCUGUCGCCAUAUGUUAGGAAGAAUGCAGCCCACGCUAUACAGAAGCUGUACAGUCUUGAUCCAGAGCAGAAGGAAAUGUUAAUUGAAGUAAUCGAGAAGCUUCUGAAAGAUAAGAGCACACUGGUGGCUGGCAGUGUGGUGAUGGCUUUUGAAGAAGUGUGCCCGGAUAGAAUCGAUCUGAUUCACAGGAAUUACCGCAAGCUUUGUAACCUACUGGUUGAUGUGGAAGAGUGGGGGCAGGUGGUCAUAAUCCAUAUGUUAACAAGAUACGCUCGGACACAGUUUGUUAGUCCGUGGAGAGAGGAUGAUGGUCUAGAAGACAGUGAAAAGAAUUUCUAUGAAUCUGAUGAUGAGGAGAAGGAGAAGAGUGGCAAGAAGAAGCCAUAUGCCAUGGACCCAGACCACAGACUCUUAAUUAGAAACACAAAGCCAUUGCUUCAGAGCAGGAACGCAGCGGUGGUUAUGGCUGUCGCUCAGCUGUAUUGGCACAUCUCCCCCAAGUCUGAGGCUGGUGUCAUUUCUAAAUCGCUGGUGCGCUUACUUCGCAGCAAUAGGGAGGUGCAGUAUAUCGUAUUACAAAAUAUUGCAACUAUGUCAAUUCAGAGAAAGGGGAUGUUUGAACCUUACCUGAAGAGUUUCUAUGUCAGGUCCACUGAUCCAACUAUGAUCAAGACACUGAAGCUUGAAAUUUUGACAAACUUGGCAAAUGAAGCCAACAUAUCAACUCUUCUUCGAGAAUUUCAGACCUAUGUUAGAAGCCAGGACAAACAGUUUGCAGCGGCCACUAUUCAGACCAUAGGCAGAUGUGCAACCAGCAUUACCGAGGUCACCGACACAUGCCUCAAUGGCCUGGUCUGCCUGCUGUCCAACAGGGAUGAAAUAGUUGUUGCUGAAAGUGUGGUGGUUAUAAAGAAAUUGCUGCAGAUGCAGCCUGCACAGCAUGGUGAAAUUAUUAAACACAUGGCCAAGCUCUUGGACAGUAUCACCGUUCCCGUGGCUAGAGCGAGCAUUCUUUGGCUAAUUGGAGAAAACUGUGAACGAGUUCCUAAAAUUGCCCCUGAUGUUUUGAGGAAAAUGGCUAAAAGUUUCACCAGUGAAGAUGACCUAGUGAAACUGCAGAUUUUAAAUCUUGGAGCAAAACUAUAUUUAACUAAUUCCAAACAGACAAAAUUGCUUACCCAGUACAUAUUAAAUCUCGGCAAGUAUGAUCAAAACUACGACAUCAGAGACCGCACAAGAUUUAUUAGGCAGCUUAUUGUUCCGAACGAGAAGAGCGGAGCUUUAAGUAAAUAUGCCAAAAAAAUCCUCCUCGCACAGAAGCCUGCACCACUGCUAGAGUCUCCCUUUAAAGAUAGAGAUCAUUUCCAGCUUGGCACCUUAUCUCAUACCCUCAACAUUAAAGCGUCCGGGUACCUGGAAUUAUCUAAUUGGCCAGAGGUGGCGCCUGACCCGUCGGUUCGCAAUGUAGAAGUAAUAGAGUCAACAAAAGAAUGGACCCCACUAGGAAAAACAAAGAAAGAAAAACCUGUGAAGAAAUUUUACUCUGAAUCUGAGGAGGAGGAAGAGGAGGAAGAAGAGGAAAAGGAAGAUGAGGACGAGGAUCCCUCUGAUAGCAGCAGUGACAGUGAGAGCGGGUCUGGAAGCAAGAGUGGAGACACAGGCAGCAGCAGUGAGGACAGCAGCGAGGACUCGUCCAGUGGACAGGACAGCGAGUCUGGAAGCGAGGCAGAAGCGGAACAGCAGAGGGUGGCCAAGAGGAACUCCAGAGCCAAGAAGAAAAGUGAUUCAGAAGAUAGGGAGAAGAAAAAUGAAAAAUCUAGAGCUUCUGAAUCAUCCAGUGAGGAAUCCAGUUCCAUAGAAGAAAGUUCUUCAGAAUCAGAGUCAGAGUCAGGCUCUGAUAGUGAACCUGCACCCAGAAAAGUGGCUAAGGCAAAAGAAAGAAACCCCCAGCAAGAAAGACACCCUCCCUCCAAAGACGUCUUCCUCCUAGAUCUGGAUGACUUUAACCCAGUAUCCACUCCAGUUGCCCUUCCUACACCAGCCCUUUCUCCAAGCUUGAUAGCUGAUCUUGAAGGUCUAAACUUGUCAACUUCUUCAUCAGUCAUCAAUGUCAGUACACCUGUCUUCGUGCCAACAAAAACACAUGAGCUGCUUCACCGAAUGCGUGGAAAAGGACUGGCCGCCAACUACUGCUUCCCAAGACAGCCUUGCAUCUUUGGUGACAAGAUGGUCUCUGUACAGAUCACCCUGACUAAUACUUCUGAUCGAAAGAUAGAAAACAUUCACAUAGGCGGGAAAAGGCUUCCUGUGGGCAUGCAAAUGCAUGUCUUUCAUCCAAUAGACUCUCUUGAGCCUGAGGGAUCCAUUACUGUCUCGAUGGGUAUUGACUUCUGUGAUUCUACACAGACAGCCAGUUUCCAAUUGUGCACCAAGGAUGAUUCCUUCAACGUCAACAUCCAGCCACCUGUUGGGGAGCUGCUUUUACCUGUGGCCAUGUCAGAGAAAGACUUUAAGAAGGAGCAAGCAAAUCAAGGAAUGCUCACUGGAAUGAAUGAGACCUCUGCUACACUCAUCGCUGCUCCACAGAACUUCACUCCCUCCGUGAUCCUCCAGAAGGUUGUAAAUGUGGCCAACCUCGGUGCAGUGCCUUCCAGCCAAGAUAACAUACACAGGUUUGCAGCUAAAACUGUGCACAGUGGGUCAUUGAUGCUAGUCACCGUAGAGCUGAAGGAAGGCUCCACAGCCCAACUUAUCAUAAACACCGAGGAAACCGUGAUUGGUUCUAUUCUGCUGCGGGAGCUGAAGCCUGUCCUGUCCCAGGGGUAGCCUGCCUACAUCUGGACUUCAGAGUCUGGCACACAGCAAAAGUGCUUGGCACCCACGACUGCUGCCUUUCAUUUAUAAUAAUAGCCCUUCCAUCUGGCAGCAGGGAAGAGCACACUCUCGACAUUCUUGUCUCUGCUUUAGAAGGCUGCUGUGGCUGUCGUGUGCACACUCCUCUCCCCGCCUCGCUUUGCUAACCAAAGAGCAUAUAUAUUACUGUCCAUUUUCUCAGCUCCCAGUCCACGUGGCAUUUCCUUUGCCCUCCAACGUCUUUUGGCCUCUUCUUCUGGGUUUUGAGAAUGAUGGGUGUGACUCAGAUACUGAAAAUGCAUUGAGAACUGUCCUUCCCACAGCAGUGAGCAAAGAUUAGCAAGGAAGUCAUCCAGGUGGCCUCUCGACUUCUUAUAUGAGAAGGAAAUACCAUACUUUUUUAAAUUAAAUGCAAAAAAAAAAAAAAUGGCCUCUCUGAAAUUCCCAUUCUUUUAACUUCCUGGUAUUGUAAUUGGUUAUCGACAAUUGUCAUCAUGAAAUUACCCCUGAACGCUAAGGUAAAUGAAGGAGCAUAUGAAUAGCAUUUGCCUAUCCUUAUCCUUACUGGCUGAACUUCCUUUGUUCCAAAGUAUUUCUGGUCACACUGGAGAACCACAGGGCUUAGUUAAUGAAAGAGAAACUUCUCCCAGCAAGGUAAGCUGUUUGCUUCUCUGAGAUGGGGUCACUGAGCAGCCUGCUCUGCCGUAAGCUUGAAAUCCUCCUGCCUCUGCCUCUUUGCCCCACCCCACCCUCGGCUGGGAUGACAGGCAUGCAUGAACACACUUAGCUCUCUAAACUAGGCAGACAGUGUAACCGUGCUGCAGAGCGGCUGGUGAGCACUCUGACAGCAAGCAGCAGCCUUCUCAUAAAGUCAGACACCCGCCUAUGCAGCUUUAGCUCAUUACCAGGCUGCUGCACCUGCUAAAUAAAGCCCGGGUUUCAUUUCCCCUUUAAAAAUCUUGGUAUUGGACCUUUAACAAAGCUGACUAGCACACAGUUGAUCAUAUGCUAUUCAAAACUGUAUAUUAUAAGUAGCAUCUUUCUAUAGAUUGUUUAUUUGCUAAUUUAGGCAAGAAACCAUCUUCAUUAAAAUUAUUCUUUAUAAAUCAGGAAACUUUUCUAAUGCUUU